AUGGGGCGUCCAAAGGUCCUUCCAGCGAACCGCUUGCGGGCCAAUACCGCCUGUACAGCCUGUCGAGCGUCUAAGAAACGAUGCAGCGGCUCGUUCCCUUGCACCAACUGCAUUCACAAGGGUCGGGGUCACACUUGUAUCCCAUUUAAAUCGAUAUCAGCCACGGAGUCUCGUAGUCGCCGUGAAUCGACCAUCUCGAGACAACCCUUGGAAAAUAUUCCAGAGACAUGGAGUGAGAUCAACGCCAAUUUGCGGAGUCCUCAAUCGUCGCAGAUCCAAGAUGCUAGUCCCUCCGACCGACACAUCGAGCGCCCACUCGAAGCGGGUUCGCGAUCGCCUGAAGCAACGCAUCGAACUCACCCUCGCAUGUUACGGAACCUCCAAGGAGAGAGAGUAUACGUUGGCAAGGCUGCCUCGCUGUCCUUUCUCCAACUCCUUCGCGAAACGGUGACUCAACAUAUCGGGCCUUCACAGUUCUCGCACAAUUACAAAAGCGAGGAUAUGCUGGAGACGGAAGCUCAUCACGAUCCACUGAAUUUCUCGGAAGAAGACUGUAGUAUCGAGGCUAAACGCCGCUUCAUACAGACAUUCUCCAUUGCGACGAGUGGAUUCAUCUAUCUGGGAUGCGAUACAGAUGCGCUACUCUCCGAUCAGACAGAGCCGAAGACCAGCCGCGAAGAGAUUCAUGCAGCCAUCCGCGAUCUGAUGAUCGCCAUCGGGGCCCAGUCAUGUCCUGACGAGCCUGAGAUUGUCCAGAUAGAGCAAUUCUUUGUUGAGCGUGGCCAGCGCAGAGCGUUUGCCAACAUGCUCGAGGACCCCAGCUUAGAUUUGGUGCGGGUGUUUCUGUUGCUAUCGUUUUACAUGUUUGGAGCGUGCCGUCGAAACGCCGCUUUCAUGUAUCUGGGUGUAGCCGCUCGGGCAGCGGUUGCACUGGGUCUUCAUGUAGACUCCUCGGGAUCUCUAAGCCGAGUCGAACAGAAAGAUAGAUCACGACUCUGGACGAGUCUAUGUAUAAUCGAUCUCCUGGCGAGCUCGAUUCUCGGCCGACCCGCGGCUACCGCAGGUCUACUGCCCGGAAGUCGCAGAGAUCUUGAUUCGAUAGAAUCUACACCUGUUGAAGUGGGCUUAGUUGCUUCAUAUCAGCUAUCUUUGAUUGUCGAUGAGAUCACCAGCCGUCUAUACAGUGAAAAGGCUGCUUCUGCCGAGACGGCAGGCCUGCUCCUAGCAAAGCUGAACCGCUGGAGCGACCAAUUACCAGAAUGUCUACGAACGCCAUCUGAAAGUGAAGAACCCGAUGCCGCGCAGGAACGCGUCAUUGGAAACAUGCACGUUGCAUGCUCUUAUCAUUUUGCAGUGAUUCUCGUGACUCGACCUUUUCUCAUUUCCACCCUGAGUGUGCGGCUGGCCCGACUGCACCAGGCCUUUUCCUCUGAUGGACUCAGCGAACCUUUGGAGGAAGAUCCGGCCCAUUCAAGUCUGGCAGCGGCAUGUAUUGACUCGGCGGUCUACAUGCUCCAGACAUGUAAAGAGAUCCAUCAAUCCGAAUUGCUUCUCCGGCAGAUGUCUCUUCUCAAAGCCUUUGUAUUUGCCGCAGCUUUAGUCCUGGGCUUUUCAAUGUUCUCCCACCGCGACGUUGAUACCGAGAUUGACAAUGCGUUCUCCGGCGCUCUAUCCAUCUUGCAAAUGCUGGCGCAGCAAUCCGCCCAAGCUGCCCACUACCUGGAGAUUCUAACUUUACUCGAAGGGGCCGUCACACAGCAACGACAGCGUCUAUCCGCGCAAGCACGUCAACGACGAAGUCAGUACGUUAGUCGAAUCUUCAGUCUGAGUGAUACCCCGUCGAUACCCCGUAUGCAGAGUGUGGAUAACAGCAGAGGGGCUAGCACGACGCCACUACUUGUACAAGGUGGCCCGUUUUACCCGUGGAUUCCCAAUGAUGAGGGAGCCGCUAUUGCGACGCCGCCGAUGAUGGACGGGGCGUUUUUGGAUUGGGAAGGGAUGGAUUUGCCGCUGUGGGAUAGUUUCCCUUUUACAGAGCCGGGCUCAUCGGCUUUGUGA